AUGCAGGAGCGGCCCAGUGUUGACGACCAGCACUCCCACAACAAUCACCCUCAUACCCACACCCACAGUCCCUCGUCCAACGAUCCCGACUCUGCCGCUACCUCUGCCUCUGCCUCUGCCUCUGCCUCUGCCUCCGCCUCCGCCUCCGCCUCCGCCUCUGCCUCUGCCACCUCCAAGCAGCGCCAGAAGCUCCGAAAGAAGCCGCCCGCCCACCACUCGCCGCCGAGUCGCCUCGACUCCUCCACCUCCCAUCCCCAUCCCCAUCCGCACCCGCAUCCGCAUCCGCAUCUGCGCCGCUCAGAGUCGGCGCGACGGGGUCGAACGUCUCCAGCUGCCUCUGUCUCCCCGCAACGUCCGAACCCAAAGCACAAGCGCUCGCCCACGCUGCAGUCACCGCUACCGCAACCGCAACCGCAACCGCAACCGCAACCGCAAUCUACCACUCCGGCUAGCUCCCACGGCGUCGCUACACCUUGCCUCGACCACCACCAUCCCGCCCGCCAUCCUGAUCCUUCGCCAACCGCCGCGACCACCACCACCACCGCACCUCAUCUGGCCGGCCAGCUCCUCCUCGACUCCAAGCACCCACGUCUCUCUGUCAGCCGCAAGUCCAGCUACGACCUGCUCGGCCAGCGCUUUGACUCCGCCGACGUCCUGAACAACCUCAACGCCGUCACCUACAACCCCGACUACUACGAGCGCGCCCACGUUCAGCCUGCGCUCCAGCAGCCGCAGCAGCAGCAAUCCCCCACCAUUCCGCACAAUCCUGACGCUUCUCCCAAUCCGGCGCCUGCGCGACCAUCACCCUCGCACAGCGCCAACCACGAGCCCGCCACAGCCAUCGCCAAUCCCAACGUGCGCCUCUCCACCUCCUUGGCGGCCACAGGCAGGAGGAUGGAGGAUAUCACAAACGUCAGCGGCGCUCCGAGUCCGCGACAGAGAUACAGCGAUGAGGGAAAAGAGGGCGGCAAGGCGCUGAAGAAGAAGAGCGGCUUCUCGAGCAUAUUCGCAAGUCUAGUUGGCACACCUCGAAAGCCCACAAUAUCAGCCCCAGAGAACCCGGUGCACGUCACACACGUUGGAUAUGAUACAGAGACGGGCGAGUUCACGGUAGGUACACCGACGAGGCUUCAGCAGCGUAAUCGUAGCUUGCAGCUCGCGGAGACGUCGAAUGUUUGCUGAUUGUUCUCGCAGGGUCUGCCCAAGGAAUGGCAGCGUACACUUCAGAUGAACGGUAUCACAGAGCAGGAGCAGAAGAAGAAUCCCCAGGCCAUCAUAGAUGUAGUGACGUUCUUCAACGAGAACCAGGACAACAGCAGCGAUGACUGGACUUACCACAAAUUCGACAACGCGAAGCCACAGGACAGUCCGCAGGGAUUGACACCCCAGGCCUAUGGCCAAUCUAAUCUGAGUCCGGGAGGAGGCUAUGGUCAAGUAAUGAGCCCACCCGCAAGUCCGCGCUUCCCCAAGAACGACGGCGAGAGCUUCGAGAACCCGAGAGCACCACCUCCCGUCCCAAGGGGUAUGUCGAAUCAGGGAUUGGGCCUCACAUCGCCAAUAAGUCCAGCGUUGAAUGGGAACAUGCUCCCAUUGCGACCAGCGCCCAGGCCACCGGGCAGUCAAUCAGCGAACAUGGUACCACAACGGCCAGCACCGCCUAUACCGAUGCCACAGCAGCAGCUCCGAGACGAGAAUGGACUGCCGCCUGUACGCUAUGCCCCUCCUACAGUGACAGACAUUUCAUCAAACACGCAACCAGUGCAGACGCGGAGUCGGUCCAAUACGGGCCCAACAUAUCAAGCACAAUCGCCGGUGUCAUCACCGCAACAGUACCAGCAACAGCAAGAGCAAGCCAUGAAGGCCGCGCAGCAGAAGCUCAAGGACGUUUCACUGGAAAGAUCGCAAUCGCAACGGCAGCCAAGCAACGCAUACGCAGCGCAACAAGCACAACCUCCACAGCCGCAGUUAUCAUCACCUUCAGAAAGCAGACAAGUACCUCAUCCUGCUGCCGUAGAUCCUCGAGUAGGACCUGCGCCAAGGCCGAGACAGCGUCCACGGCAGUCCAUCACCAAUGCCGAGGUGCUGAGUAAACUUCAGCACAUCUGCAAUGCUGCAGAUCCGACCAAGAAAUACCGGAAUCUGAUCAAGAUCGGGCAAGGUGCAUCGGGAGGUGUCUACACUGCGUUUGAAGUCGGCACGAACAAGUGCGUGGCCAUCAAGCAGAUGAAUUUGGAGCAGCAGCCGAAGAAGGACUUGAUCAUCAAUGAAAUCCUCGUGAUGAGGGACAGCAAGCACCGGAACAUUGUCAACUUCAUGGACAGCUUCCUCGUCAAGGGCGAUCUGUGGGUGGUCAUGGAGUACAUGGAGGGCGGCAGCUUGACCGACGUGGUGACCUUCAACAUGAUGUCGGAGGGUCAGAUAUCAGCCGUGUGCCGGGAAACGCUACACGGCCUCCAGUUCCUGCAUUCCAAGGGAGUAAUACACCGAGAUAUCAAAUCGGACAACAUCCUGCUGUCGAUGGAGGGAAGCAUCAAGCUCACCGAUUUCGGGUUCUGCGCGCAGAUCAACGAGUCGCACAUGAAGCGGACGACGAUGGUGGGAACACCGUACUGGAUGGCUCCGGAAGUCGUGACGAGGAAAGAGUAUGGCCGCAAGAUCGAUAUCUGGUCACUCGGAAUCAUGGCGAUUGAGAUGAUUGAGGGCGAGCCGCCAUACCUGACAGAAUCACCUCUGCGAGCACUGUAUCUGAUCGCGACCAACGGGACGCCGACGAUCAAAGAAGAGCACAAUCUGACGCCUUUGUUCCGGGACUUCCUGGGAUUCGCGCUCAAGGUCGAUCCGGACAAGAGAGCCUCUGCGCACGAUCUGCUCAAGGUAAGCUUAGACAUACAUACCAUUUGCCGUAUAUGGUAUUCCUGCAUGCUGACACGUAUACAGCAUGGCUUCAUCCAAACCGCCGAGCCGCUCGCCACGCUGGCACCUCUUGUGAAAGCAGCCAGAUUAGCCCGAGCAGAGGAGCGCAAGAACAAGGGCAAUUGA